CCCUGCCAGAGGAGAGCAGUCGCGCUCCCGGUGGAAGAUGGCGGUGGGGAUGCUGUCUGCGGCCGGAGCAGAGGGCUCGAUCCGCACAACAAGAGAACUCUGCCGGAAUUAAAAGAAGAAAAUGAUCCUGUCCGGAUUUAUCUGCCUGAAAAUUUGGACUUAUUUUGGGAGCUUUUCUUUUUGACGAUCGGGGUUUGCAGAAGCGUGGCACGAAGAAAAAAAAAAAUCCGGGGCCGUUUUUCAGGGGAUUUACUAACUAUACAUUUAGAGCUCGGCGCACAGACACAACAUAAAGGGUUGGAAUAAAACAACAACAAAAAAGUGAUAAAAAUGUCGGAUACAAAGGUAAAAGUUGCUGUGAGAGUUCGGCCCAUGAACCGCAGGGAGAUUGAGCUGAAUACAAAAUGUGUGGUGGACAUGGAGGACAACCAAACAAUCCUGCACCCUCCACCCUCUAAUGCAAAAGGAGAGAACAGGAAGCAGCCCAAGGUUUUUGCUUUUGACCACUGUUUCUGGUCCAUGGAUGAGUCCAACGUUCCCAAAUAUGCCGGUCAAGAGGUGGUGUUCAAGUGCCUUGGAGAGGGAAUACUUGAAAAUGCAUUCCAGGGAUACAACGCCUGCAUAUUUGCCUAUGGACAAACAGGUUCAGGGAAAUCGUUUUCCAUGAUGGGAAAUGGAGAUCAGCCCGGUUUAAUCCCCCGACUGUGCUGCUCUCUGUUUGAGAGGGUCCACAAGGAGGAGAACGAGACCCAGACUUUUAAGGUGGAAGUGUCCUACAUGGAGAUCUACAACGAGAAGGUCAGAGACCUACUGGAUCCCAAAGGAAGCCGCCAGUCCCUUAAAGUUCGGGAACAUAAAGUUCUUGGUCCGUAUGUGGACGGUCUUUCACAGCUCGCUGUUACCAGCUUUGAGGACAUUGAGGUGUUGAUGUCUGAGGGGAACAAGUCCCGCACAGUCGCAGCAACCAACAUGAAUGAGGAGAGCAGUCGAUCACACGCCGUCUUCAGCAUCAUCGUCACACAAACUCUCUAUGAUCUACAGUCCGGAAAUUCAGGAGAAAAAGUGAGCAAGAUGAGUCUGGUUGACCUGGCAGGAAGUGAGCGUGUAUCAAAGACUGGAGCUGCUGGGGAGCGACUCAAAGAAGGCAGCAAUAUAAACAAGUCUCUCACUACGUUGGGAUGUGUGAUUUCUGCUCUGGCCGAUCAGUCUGCAGGGAAGGGGAAGGCCAAGUUUGUGCCUUACAGAGACUCUGUUCUCACCUGGCUGCUGAAGGACAACCUUGGUGGGAACAGUAAGACAGCCAUGAUCGCCACAGUGAGUCCGUCUGCUGAUAACUACGAGGAGACACUGUCCACGUUACGUUAUGCUGACAGGGCCAAGAGAAUUGUCAACCAUGCCGUGGUGAAUGAAGAUCCCAAUGCUCGGAUCAUCAGGGAGCUCAGGGAAGAGGUGGAGAAACUUCGAGUUCAGCUCUCACAGGCGGAGUCCAUGAAGGCUCCUGAGCUGAAGGAGAAACUGCAGGAAUCUGAGAAGCUCAUUCAGGAGAUGACAGUCACCUGGGAGGAGAAGCUAAGGAAGACGGAGGAGAUUGCUACUGAGCGUCAAAAGCAACUGGAGAGCAUGGGCAUCUCUUUGGAAACUUCUGGGAUUAAAGUUGGAGAAGACAAAUGCUUUCUGGUCAAUCUUAAUGCCGAUCCUGCUUUGAACGAACUGCUUGUUUAUUAUCUGAAGGAGCACACCCGCGUCGGGGCAGACACCUCUCAGGACAUCCAGCUCUUUGGCAUCGGGAUCCAGCCGGAGCACUGCGUCCUGGAAAUCUGCCCGGAUGGUGAUGUCACCUUGAUGCCCAAAGGCAAUGCCAGGUCCUGUGUGAAUGGUACAGUCGUUGACUCCUUGGUGCACCUGUGGCAUGGCGAUCGUAUCUUAUGGGGGAACAAUCACUUCUUCAGAAUCAAUUUGCCUAAACGAAAGCGGCGUGAUCGUUUGAAGGAGCUGGAGAGAGCUUCACCCAGAGAGAGCUUUGUUGAGGCAGAUGUGGAAACAGCCAGCGAGGCCUCCUCCGAACAGGACUACAAUUAUGAGUUUGCCCAGAUGGAAGUUAUAAUGAAGACUCUUGGAAACAAUGACCCAAUGCAGAAUGUGGUCCAGGUGCUUGAGAAGCAGUACCUGGAGGAGAAGCAGACAGCUCUGGAGGAGCAGAGGCUCAUGUAUGAACGGGAACUGGAGUCGCUACGGCAACAGCUGUCUCCAGAAAAAACGCAGCAGUACCACCGAAACAGCAGCGAGCGCCUCGCUUACCCGACACACACACCCCAAGGCAAGCUGAGACUGUGGACAGAGGAGCGGGAUGAGCUUUUCCGUCAGAGCCUGUCUCGACUCAGGGAGCAGGUCGUCAAGGCCAACACUUUGGUGCGGGAAGCCAACUUUUUGGCCGAGGAGAUGAACAAACUCACCGACUAUCAGGUCACACUUCAGAUUCCUGCAGCCAAUCUCAGUGCCAACCGCAAGCGUGGCGCAAUUGUUAGUGAGCCAGCCAUCCAAGUACGUAGGAAAGGAAAGGGGACCCAAGUCUGGACCAUUGAGAAGCUGGAGAACAAGCUGGUGGACAUGAGAGACCAUUACAGAGACUGGAAGGAAGGCAGAGACGAGCAGUUCAACAAAUCCAACAGAAAACACAGUGAUUCCUUCUACGAUGGCCAAGAGAACCACAACCUGAUCGGUGUGGCCAAUAUUUUUCUAGAGUGCCUUUUCCAUGAUGCCAAGCUACAAUAUGCUGUUCCCAUCAUCAGCCAACAGGGCGAGGUAGCAGGCAGGUUGCAUGUGGAUCUGAUGCGGGUGAGCGGAUCAGUGCCGGAGCGCCUCUCCGGUGGAGACGACUCGUCUGAGAACUCCAGUGAAAGCAGCUGCUAUGAGGUCAUGGACACCAACGGGGAGAUUGUCCACAUGGCCAAGAGGCUCACCUGUAGGGUGAGGAUCAAGGAAGCAACCGGACUCCCGCUGAAUCUUUCCAACUUUGUCUUCUGUCAAUACACCUUCUGGGAGCAUGGUGAGCCCACUGUGGCUCCUCCCAUGGUCAGCCCAGACACUCCUUCCCCUCGAAGCCCAGAUUCUCAGUUCACUGUCCAGUUUGAUCACUGCAAAGACUAUGUUGUAAAUGUGACAGAUGAGUUUUUAGAGUUUAUAUCGGAUGGUGCUUUGGCAAUAGAAGUGUGGGGCCACCGCUGUGCAGGGAACGGACGUGCGCUCUGGGAGUUAGAUGCUAUGGAGGCCAAAACCCAGACACUCCGGGACAGGUGGAGCGAAGUGUCUCGCAGGAUCGAGCUCUGGGUUUCCAUUCAGGAGCUGAAUGAGCAGGGGGAGUACGCAUCUGUGGAGCUGCAACCUGUGAAGGAUGUCAGCACAGGAGGCAUCUUCCAGCUCAGACAGGGCCAUUCCAGGAGGCUCCAGGUGUGUGUGAAGCCGGUUCAGAACUCGGGCACGCUGCCUCUGCUGGUGGAGGCUGUGCUGUCCGUGUCGAUUGGCUGUGUGACGGCUCGCUCCACGAAACUCCAGAGACCGCUGGACAGCUACCAGAGUGUCCUCUCCCUUUGCCAGAAAGAGGAGGAAGAAGACAUGGAUAGUUAUCAGGAGGAAGAUCUGAACUGCGUGAGAGAGCGCUGGUCAGAGGCGUUGAUCAAACGCAGGGAGUAUCUUGAUGAGCAAAUCAAGAAAAUCAUCAACAAACAUGAAAAGUCAGAGGAGGAUAUGGAGAGGGAAGCACGGCUGGUGGAGCAGUGGGUUGGCCUGACUGAGGAGAGGAACGCGGUGCUGGUGCCUGCAGCAGGCAGUGGCAUCCCUGGAGCUCCUGCAGACUGGACCCCACCUGCAGGGAUGGAGGCUCACAUUCCUGUCCUCUUCCUUGAUUUAAAUGCGGAUAAUCUGACAGUUAAUGAGCAGCAGACCGGGCCACACACUGCUGGUGUUAACUCUAUCCUGCCCAAAGAGCAUGGCAGCCAGUUUUUCUAUCUGCCGAUCAUCAGGCACAGCCAUGAGGAGGUCCUGGCUGUUUGCUCCUGGGACUCGUCCAUUCACGACUCUGUGCACCUCAACCGAGUCACGUCCCCCAACGAGCGCAUCUACCUGAUCAUUAAAGCCACCGUGCAACUCAGCCAUCCGGCCUCCAUGGAACUGGUCGUCCGCAAGAGGAUUGCGGUCAACAUCUACAACAAGCAGAGUUUCACUCAGAGCCUCAAAAGGAGGAUGUCUCUAAAGAACACGCUCUACUCAUGUGGUGUGAUUUAUGAGAUUGUUUCCAACGUACCAAAGGCAUCAGAAGAGCCAGAGGAGAGGGAGACCUUAGCUCUAAUGGCUGCUAGAGGGGACAGCGAAGAAACUCAGGAUGGAGAAACAUACAUUGAGAAAUACACCAGAGGGGUGCUGGAAGUGGAGAAUAUUUUGAGUUUGGAGAGGCUAAGACAGGCUGUGACUGUGAAGGAAGCACUUGCUGCUAAGGGGAGACAUUUGAGAAGGAGUGCAAGCACACCAAGUGUACAGCAUUCUUCGUGCAGUAAAAUUGACCUGACUGAGGACGAAGAUGGCAAGACUCAUCAGGAGCCUUGUGAUCAUGUAGACAACGCUUCCUGCAAUCCUCAAAACGGCUCAGUUUGUACCACACCCAUCAAAAACAAUCAAAACCCAGGAUCAGGUCCUGAGAGUUCCACCUUUUUCAGCGGCAGCCCCUUCAAGGUCCUUUCCCCUCAGCCGCCUAAAUUCCUCAAGUCUUUGCUUCCUGUCAAAGAGGAGAACAAGGCAAAGAAAGCCCUGGAGGCUCGGCCGCUGCUGGGACUGGAGAGCAUGCGCUCAUGUGUGGACAUCCCUGCACUGCUCCCCUCUUCCUGCUCCUGGCCCCGACCCAGGGCAGGCAGUGAGGGCCACUGCAAGCGUUCCACCCCCACCCCCACUGCCACCAGCAGGCAGCUCAGCCGCACACAGUCACUCACUGCUCAUGACUCUGAAGACGAGGAGACGGACGUGUCUCUGAAUCUGAAUCGGGGCCCUCUGGACCAUGCUUGCUUUCAGAGUUACAUUCCAGAGGAUUUUGCUAACUUUGAGGUAUACAACGCCACUCUGGAGAGCCAGGAAGGGUUUCGCUCUGACUUGAAGGGAAGCCGCUGUGGAGGUGGGAGCGGAGACAGGGAGGUGUCGCGCAGCCCCACAGCCAGCAGCUGCACCAGCGGCUACUUUUCCCACAGCGAUUCCAACGCCACUCUGUCCGACGUGCCUUUCAGCACCAGUGAAAGCUCCGACCACCUGAGCUGCCCCUCCAGAGAGUCCCAGGACCAUCCUGGUCGGAGCUCUGCUCAGAGCAGAAGUGGUUCGGCGGGAACCAACGCAGAGCAGCCUCUUUCAUCAUUUGGUGCUUCUGAUCAGCUCAUCCAUCCAACGUCCUCUCCUGUCACUAUUCCUACCUGCACAGAGAAGCAGCACACUGUCUCACUGCCUCAUAACUGUAUUCUCAGCACCAGCCAGGAGUUUACUGACUUUAAAGGGGCUGAUGACAGUAUUGGAGAUGGGGAUUUGGCCCAUUUUACAGAGGAAUGGGGGCAGGGUGGGUUGGACAUUUCUACAAACCACUGCCAGAAGGAACCAGAACAUUUAAAAACAUGUGACGAUGAAAAUCAGCACUUAUCUGACCCACAAAAGGUAGCUUUCAGUUGCCCUAAUUUUAAAGACCCUGUGAGUGUUACUGUUUCCUGCUCCAACACAAAAGUACCUUGCACUUCAUUGAACACCUCAGUCUCUGCCCCCGUUAGAGGGCUGGCUCUGUCCGCGUCCUCCAAAGAUCUCUCUGCAUCGCUCCCAUCCCCAGCAUCAACAUCUGCAAUUAAACCUCCGCCAACGGCUCGAACCCGUGGCCCAGCUCAAAGAGCGGGAGGAGAGCCGCCUAUCCAGGAGCCGGCCCAAGGAGAUCUGCCUCAUGGGAGCCCCUGCCCCAGCCCCAACCCUAGCAGCGCCGAGCCCUCUGGGGACUCCAGCGGAGAUGAAAGCACCCCUGUCGCUCAGCUUCCAGAUUGGAUGGCACCUGGAGAACAGGUGUGGGUAGGAAAGAGGAAAGGAACAGUCUACUAUGUAGGAGGAGUGGAGUUUGCAAAGGGGAUCUGGAUUGGUGUCAAGCUGGAUUUGGCCGUGGGUAAGCACAAUGGGACUGUCCAGGGCAGGGUGUAUUUCCGCUGUCCCCCGGGCCAUGGUGUGUUUGUGAAGCCAUCUCGACUCACCAGAGGACCUCCCUCCAUGGACACAGAGCCCCAGACUUUCAUCAAAUAGGACCCAAAGAAGAACCUGAUUUCUGGGGAGCAGCAAGGACCCAGAAGGGCCCCCCCUCCCUCACAUGCAUUGUUCGACUCUGAAAGCUGAUUUCUGACCACUCAUGUCGCAGAGCCCUUGUGCUCUGUUGAUGUGGAUGCUUUGCUAAAAGGCAUAUCUUACCUGUGCAUUUAAUGAAGUAUUUUGUAGUUGCUGUUCACUAAAAAAAAAGAACAAAAUCACUAUGCACAUAUUUGAGUUUUCUAUAUUGUCAUAUUUUUAUAGAGGGCUCACCUUUUAUCUGGGAAUAUUAUCCGCCUAAGUUUUCUUACAUUGCUUCUGGAGAAUAUAUGUAAUAUUUUUAUAUUGCAGAUCGCGCCCCUCUCUGAGGCUCAUCAUGAAGUGAUCUGGGAUUUGAAGAUUAAGAAUGUACUACUGUUUAUAAACUUUGAUAUUUACAUCAAUAUGUCACGUCAGGGCUAACCAAAGAACUACGGUUCCAUAUCUGCUGUUCAAGUGUUAAGUUGUUUUAUUUCUAUUAUAGCUAUACAUGGAGAUACUCAUUACAAAUCGACAUGUCCAAGUAAAGCUUAGUGCCAUAUCUGUAGGAGCAAUGCCACGUAAAUGUAUCGUCCUGUUGAUGUACUGUAGCACUGUGGAGGAAAUAACUCCCCGUUCGGCCUGAGACUGAAUGAGGAAAGGUUGCACUGGAAAGGAUUCUUGGGAAGCUCACCGACUGUCUUCCGUACAGGACUCAUUAAAUAUUAACCCGACGACUGUUAGUCAUCGCUAAGAGGUCCCGAUAUAAGAUACACGCCUUAUUGUUAUUUGCAAAUACCCCUCCCCCCAUCAUGACUACUCAGAGAGACGUAUAAAGAGUUUGAUACCUGUGAACUGUUUCUGAAGUGUAGAAUUCGAGCCCUCCUUUUAAUGGAGGAUUUGUUGAAUAAUUAAAAACAACAGGUUGGUUAAGGUAAGAGGAUAAGACUUCCUUGAAAGUUGUUUUUUUUUUUUUUAAAGGUUUUGUGUCCAGGAUAAUAAACAAGCUGCAGUUUCACUUAAAUAAAACAAACCCAAGACCUUACUUUAAAGAAGAGAACAAAGCUGCUCUCCCUAAUAAGGAGUUCUUUAUGUAAAUGUUUCUGAACAUAGUAUUUCCGCUAUUGUAUUGUACAGAAUUGUAUUUAUAUUGUAUCUUGUUUUAAUUGGUACACAGUGUUCUAGAAUAGAACAUUUCCAAUCA